ACCCACACCUGUCCGCAUCAUUGCCAUUGCUGUCCUGCAGCGCCCUUCCCCCUGAGAACCCAGCCCCCGGUGCCCCUGCUCCUUGCCCACCGCCCCCACCCCAGUAUCCCGCAGCCCUUGGACUCAGCCACUGUCUCCGCUGCCACUUCUGCCGUCCCCAACGCCGCCACCUCCUCAGGGCCAGCAAGAUGCAGUUUGAGAUGCACGACAACGUGAAAGGCAAAGCCAUGUCCUACCCAGUGACCAGUCAGCCCCAGUGCGCCAGCAGCUGCUACCAGACCCAGCUCAGUGACUGGCACACGGGACUCACGGACUGCUGCAACGACAUGCCCGUCUGUCUGUGCGGCACUUUCGCCCCCCUGUGCCUCGCCUGCCGCAUCUCGGACGACUUCGGGGAGUGCUGCUGCGCGCCCUACCUGCCCGGAGGCCUGCACUCCCUGCGCACGGGCAUGCGGGAGCGCUAUCACAUCCAGGGCUCCGUUGGGCACGACUGGGCGGCCCUCACCUUUUGUUUGCCCUGCGCCCUCUGUCAGAUGGCGCGGGAAUUGAAGAUCCGAGAGUAAAGAAGCUCCCCGCGCCGCCUUUUCCACCUGUCCCGCCCCGGCCCCCUCUGUCCUCUCUGCCCUCUCGUGGGAGGGCCUGCCCCUCCGCCCUAUCCCGCUACCAGAAAUACACCCACAAUAAAAACCU